CUUUUUCUUUUUUUCUUUUUAUUUUCUUUUUCUUUCUAUCUAUUUUUUGUUUUUUUAUUAUAUGAAUAUAUGGCGUAUUCUCUGUGGUUGUUCAUUAUAUUCAUUUGGUUAUUCAUUAGCAACCCAUUACCUGCAGUAAAAGCUCAAAUAAGUCUUCAGAAUCCACUUAUUUGGCAAACUUUAGUUACACCCAUCUCAAGUUCUAGUUACAACUAUGUAUACAAUUCGACGGUGAAAUAUUAUUCUCAAGAUUUCCAGACAGUUUUUAUUCUUAGUGACAACUACGGCCAUAAUGAGAGGAUACUUGUCAAUGUAGGUGAUGGAUGUAUGACUCCAAGUUAUGACGACCUUCUCAACUCCAACUACAAUGGUAUAAGUACCUUUAUAAAACGACAGUCAUUGAUCGGUCUUGUAUCUCGAGGUGGAUGUUCUUGGACAACCAAAAUCACCAAUUUACAAAAUCUUGUACAAAUGAAUUCAGUCUUAAGCAUCAAAGCGUUACUAAUAUAUGACAACGUUACCUACGCCGAUAAUGUGACGCAAGUGAUACAGGCCAAACCGAGCAAUUCUUCUACACCAGUAUGGAAUUCUGCUCAGCUUACUCCAGCACAACGCAAUAUAUCGUCUAUGCCUGAUAAUGAUUUACUCGCUACCAAGAUGACUCCUUUUUUCGCUAUUUACUUUGUACCUCGACAGUUUGGUCUUGAGAUGCUCGGAAAAAUGAACAACACAAAUCAAUAUAUAGAAUUGGCUACUUUUUUUACCAAUAGUGUUAUGGAUGAUAAUCCUCCUGGUACCUCAACAACAAACAACAAUAAUAAUAGUAAUGGAGGUAAUGGAGAUAGUAAUAGUACUAUUGACUCUUUAUUUGGUGAUGGAAAUCGUGGAUACAUUGCUUACCUUGUCGCUGCAGGUGUAGCUAUUAUUUUAGCCAUUGUCCUCUUGAAAUGGUGUAGAAACCCUCGAUUCUUUGCAAGAGAAACAGGAAACAAUGAAAUAGAUGUGGAGAAUCAUAUUGGAAUGCGACCUUUUGGACAACCUCAACAAACUGAUCAAGUAUCUUGUGUUCCAAUGGAAAAAUUGGAUACAUUAUGUCCUAUGCAGACUGCAGCUGAAGCGAUGUCAACAAUGAAGAAUACUAUGUGUGCUAUUUGUUUAGAUGAAUUCAAACCAACAAGUGAAAUUCGAUUAUUACCUUGUCAUCAUGGAUUUUGUACAAGUUGUAUUGAUGUUUGGCUGACUAAGAAAUCAAGCUGGUGUCCUAUAUGUAAAUACGAUUGUUGUCAAGAAGUUGAAUCGGAACAACAGGAUAACGAUGGUGAUUUAGGAACAAUGGGUUUGAAUCAAAACAACAUUGGUAAUACGACUUCACCAGCAUCUCCUUCUUCUUCUACAGGAAUACACAAUACCACCAAUGAUGCCAGUAAUAUCCAUUCUAAUAACGACAAUGACCCUAUGAUCACCUCAUCAGUCAAUUCUAAUCAUUCAUCAUUACAAUUAAAAAAUGGCGAUCAAGAAAUUCCAGUCAGUGAUCAAAGUAUGCAAUUACAGUCAACGAUGAUAUCACCUCCACCUUCCUAUGUAUCAUCACAACAACAACAACAAUCAUCAUCAUCAUCAUCACCUCCAAUACGUACGACAAGAACAGAUAUAUAACGAUCUAUCGACCCUCCCUUGAUGUAUUUUUAUCGAUUUUAGUAUUUAUUGUUAUUUAGUGUAUCUAUCCAUUUUUACCAUUAUAUUAGUAUAUUAUUUUUUCACUUUUAUUAUUUAACCCUAUAUUAUAUUCCCC